UCAGGGAGAACAAAGCUUCAAGCCCCUACUUGUGAAAAAUCGCCUAUUUGCGACUGUUGAUAACCCUAUGGGAAGUUCUAGUAAAGUGCGUGCUGGUACGCGAUAUAGACAUUUAUCAGCAGACGAUGCUGAGUCUAUGACAACCAAAGAUUAUUGAGGUACGGUCAGUGAUACCCGUGAACACCAAACGGCAACACCGAUAGCAGGGGCGAGCGGGAAGGCCAAACGCGCAUCAAACCUUCAACGAGACCGUGUGUUUUACGCUUUCAUCAACACCCUCUUCUUUUCCCUGAUUGAUAGUCGUGGCGGAGGGAAAGAGGGGGGACUCAUCUAUCUACUUGGUUCCCCGUCUCGUCCCCGGAGGCUCGGGAUAACCAAAAAAACUGCCCCAAGUUCUCAUAAGUGUUACCAAGGCCAGACGAGGAGAGCGAGGUCGAGCCAAACAGAAAAGAAAAAAAAAAAAGAAAAAAAAAGAAAGAAGGGAAGAUUGUGGUCACCAUGGUUGCUACAGCCUGGAGGUCAUUGGCACUGUGCAAACAGGUGUGCCUCACCCCACGUGGGAAGACCGUGCCACCUGUUGUUCUACGGGGUCGUGGCACCUCGGGGAGUCAUGGCACCCGCCCCUUGCUCGCUGCCAGGGGCCUCCUCACGACUUCCCCCUGUCAUGAUCACGACCCGACCGCGUCUGAGGAACCGCCCGCGCAGUUGCAACACGGCCGGUCCAGACUCAAGUUCUAUUCCUCGGGCGAAAGUCGCCCCAAGCCGCCGGGGGGAGACCAGGCUCUCGUCCUCCUGUUCAGCUGGCUCCUGGCACCCGAGCGACACAUCAAGAAGUACGUGGACAUGUACAGGCGGAGGGGCGUGUCCGUGCUCACUGUCACGAUCACGCCCCUCGACCUGUUGCUCCCCGCCCGAGGCUCGCAGGCGAUCACGUUGAAUCUUCUGCGCCUUCUACAGGAGAACGGAAAGUACAGGCCCCUCCUUGUACACGGGUUUUCUGUCGGUGCUUACGUUUUCUCAGAAGCCAUGGUGCAUGUAAUGAAGGACCGGCGCCAGUUCGAGCCUCUCCUGGAACGGUUCGUCGGCCAGGUGUGGGACUGCCCCGUGGAUCUCAACGGCAUUCCCACAGGUUUCCCGAAGGCCGUGACGAGCAUCCCGCAUCUGCAGCGCCUCCUUCGUGCCUUCGUUGUCGUGUACCUGAGGCUGAUGCAUCGCUGGGCCACGGUACAUUACGAGCAGGCGCGUGUACCGUUCUUCACCAACGCUGUGGGUGUCCCGGCGCUCUUGCUGCAGAGUCGGCGUGACCCCGUUUCCACCCAGGAGAUGACCCGAGAGCUGCUGAGGGGCUGGAGGGGGCAGGGAACCAAGGUCCACUACAAGUGCUUUGAAGAAGGAGCCCACGUCUCGCUGUACUGGAAGAACCCCGUUGAGUACGAGCAGGUCCUCAGCGAGUUCUUGGAGGAGGUGCAGCUGCUGGAGAAAAAAACAAGGUCCUCCUCCGAAUCGAAGUCGGAUUCAGCGAGCGAAAGUUCACGCGAAUCGUAGGCGUCGUCAGGGACAAAGGGAAAGGACUGUAUUUAAGAUUAGAAGUGACAGUUACCUUUUACAAGACUGAAAGACUACCGUGGCUACUGAAGGACCAGAUAGUGUUCACAGGAGCACAAGACAGUGACUACAUGAUUAAGUCGUCGCUACGAGACAGCAUACUAAACAGCGAAUCCAGAAGACCCAGACAAAAGGCUAAACGGACCCUAAACACUUAUUACACGAAGCCUACAUUCUGACAAGGGGGAAGGACAGAGAGACAGACACAGUAGACCCAAGUUACACAAGACUUUGACAUCAGCGACACGCCCUUUGGCCUUUUCGCUUCCCGGGAGAGAGGUAUCGUGUCACACGGCUAUCAUAAGCAAGACGCCUGUCGUACGAUUUAGGAGGAGCUCUCGAGGCGCCGAACGCCGUGCAGAACACGACUGAAUAAUGCACGGUUAGCGAGCCCUCUGCUGUGUGUGUGAGUGUGUGUGUGGCCGUUGAAGGUUUCUUUACACAUACUUACACAUGCACAUACGUAAACCUGUGGAUUUAUA